CUUGACGGAGCGGCAGUCUGUGCGGAAGUUCUUUCAUCCUGCAGGAGCAGAAGAAGAAGAAGAGGCUUCUCCUUCGUCUCAACUGUCCGCCUGAACACAACAAACCUCCGGGGAGGAAACUUCCAGACCCCCGGGAACAUCCACACACCCGCCGCCGACAGCAGCAGCUCCUCCGCCGGCCUCCGGUACCCACGGGCGAUGGCGAGGCCGAGCCACAGCGAUCAUGUCCUCCAGCAGCUCAACAACCAGCGGGAGUGGGGCUUCCUGUGCGACUGCCUCAUCGCCAUCGGUGACAUCUACUUCAGGGCGCACAAGGCCGUCCUGGCGGCCUGCAGCUCUUACUUCAGGAUGAUGUUCAUCCGGGACCAGCAAGGGGCGGGCCGCCUGGACCUCAGCAACAUGCAGAUCAGCGCCGAGUGCUUCGACCUCAUCCUGCAGCUCAUGUACCUCGGACGCAUCGUCGUGGGGAGCUACGAGUUUGAGGAGCUCAAGGCCUCCAUGGCGUACCUUCAGAUGUACUACAUCCCCGACUCGCUGGAGGAUCUCAGGGACAUCAGGAGCUCCAACCUCACCCCGUCCUCCUCAGCCUCCUCCUCCUCCAGUUCCUCCACCGGCCCUGCUGCGGGGAAGAUGAUGUUUGGAGUCCGCAUGUUCGAGCAGCAGAGGCCUGCUGCACCGGAAGCUGAGCAUUUACCGAAAGCUGUCAGCAGCAGCGCCGGGCGUCCAGCUGUACCAGCGACCGCCAGCAGACCGGUGGUGGCAGAGGAGGUGGUGAACAUUCCUCUGAUAGUGGCACCACCAGUGGCGGACGGGGGAGUCGAGCAACCCUGUGAUUUGAGAAAGAGGUCCAGCGGCAGGAGUUCGACUCUCAAAGACCGUCCUCGGUUCGGCCGCACCUACACCUGCGACGACUGUGGCUUCGUCUUCAGCUGCGAGAAGCUUCUAAUCGAACACAUCCUGACCUGCACCAACCGCAAGGCCUUUCACCCGGCAAGAGGUAACGUGGAAGGUGACAAUGACUCCAGUAAAGCUGAGAGCUCCGCCUCUGAGAGCAUAGAGGAACACAGGGUCACCUGUAAAGGCGAGGAGGACUGGCCUGAGGCCAAGGCCGACUCUGACCUCCCCAUCAGGUCGGUGGCAGCCGGAACAGAAAGCGAGCCUGGGUUGACCAGGAGUAUCUCCAUCAAGGCAGAACCAGAAGAAAGCAUAUUCCCUGAGAUAGAGGUGGUCCGGAUCGGUGAGCACACCGCGAGAGACUGUAGCGCACGAUUCAGUGACGCCACACAUAAAGACUCGCGUAGGGAAAAAGCCGGUUCGGACCGUGAACCAGAGCCCGGCGUCUCAGGCAUGGAUAACAGCAGUGAGCCUUUCGAAGGCCACAUGUCCAGCAGUGAAGAUUCAGGAAUCCCUGCAAAGCUUCGUAAGGUCAAAGAGGAGAAGCAGGAUGCCGACUGUGCCCCCUGUGAACUCUGUGGUGCUCUGUUAACAGAGGAGGACAAGUCGGCCCACUAUCUGUCCAACCACAUGGGCCAUAUAUGUGCCUGUGGGAGGUGUGGCCAGGUGCUGAUCAAAGGCCGCCAGCUCCAGGAGCACGCAGAGCGCUGCGGCGAAUCCCAAGGCGGCGAGUCGGAUUCCCACGGGGAGGACGAGGCGUCCCUGCUGGAGGAGCCGCAGGGGAUGGAGGAGGGCCUGCUGGAGGCGGCCGACCUGGCCUGCUCUCACUGCGGUCUGCUGUUCCAGAACGAGAGCCUGGCGCUGGAACACGCCUUGUCGUGCCACGACCAGGAGCUGUUCCGCCCGGUGCUGCUGGGAGAGAGCGGGGAACCGGACCACCGCCGCAAACACUUCUGCAGCAUCUGCGGCAAAGGCUUCUACCAGCGCUGCCACCUGCGGGAGCACUACACCGUCCACACCAAGGAGAAGCAGUUCACCUGCCAGACCUGCGGGAAGCAGUUCCUGCGGGAGCGCCAGCUCAGGCUGCACACCGACAUGCACAAAGGCAUGGCGCGCUACGUGUGUCCGGUCUGCGACCAGGGAACCUUCCUCAAACAUGACCACGUCCGCCACAUGAUCUCCCACCUGUCGGCCGGGGAGACCAUCUGCCAGGUGUGCUUCCAGAUCUUCCCCGGCGGAGAACAGCUGGAGAAACACAUGGACGUCCACCUGUACAUCUGUGGCGUCUGUGGAGAGAAGUUCCGCCUCCGUAAAGACAUGAGGAGCCACUAUAACUCCAAGCACACCAAGAGACUAUAGGAGCGAUCCAAACCGUCUUCUGCAUUUAUACUAGUUUGUUACUAAAAAGCCAUAAAUGUGAGAACAAAUGUAUGCACUUGAACACCAAAAAGACAAUUUUUAACCUGCACUUUUAAAGUAUAUGCAUAACCUAAACGGGCGUUCACACUGCAAGCAGCGGGGCGGAUGAUUGGUCGCUCUGUUAUGACUCUGAUGGCAACUGUGUCAACAGUGCGGCUUUUUUCUUUGUGUCAACUUCGAUGAUGAAAAGACAUUUAAGCAAACGUGGCUCAGAAAGACGCGCGUCGCAUUUUCACAGCUCGCGUUCAGGAUUUUAUGAGAUGUUUCUUUCCGUCACCUGAUAAAAGUCAGAAUCAGCUUGUCGACGAAACAAUCGCUUGAGGCGGAAAACGAUCAAGUUUAGAAAUAUUAGCUAACCGUCCUCAGACACUGUUGGAGGAAGAUGCCCAUCACGACUAACCAGCUAAAUAGCUAACUAGAUAUAUAUUAUUGUUAUUAUUUAGAAUAUUUAUAAAGAAGCUGGGAUUUUAUAUAAAAGAUAUUAGGGGUGUACCGGUACACAAAAUUCACGGUUCAGUAUGUACCUCAGUUUUAGGAUCACGGUUCGGUUUUCGGGAAAGCAGGAAAACAAAAAAUUUAUUUUUAUAGUUAAUUUGAAAAAUAUAAAAAUGCAACAGCGGCUCAUUGGCCAUGAUUCUUACUGUAACAGUUAAUGCGCUCAAAUGCCGUCAUAUUGUCCGUAAGAAUAAAUAAGUAACAGAUGUAGUGCCGCCCCAUCGUAACACGCCGACCCGUUGAUAACUCCCGAUCAGCUGGUUUCUACGCAGCAGCACGACUGAAAUGCGUGAAGACUCGCUGUAGCGGCGCUCGAGCCCUUCGACCGCGUGCUUAAAUCCCGUGUUCUCUGCGACCCGCAGGCCGUAUGUAUAGACCGAGUGCGGGCGCACAUGUGCGGCGGUAAACUUUGGCUCGGUCUGAAUCUGCAGCGAGAGGCGGCCUGGACGCUGAGGGGACGAGGACUCGCCUUACAGUCUGGUUCUGUCUCGUUCCGCUAAUCGACACAUCCGAGCGUUCCCGCCGCAAACGACAUUUAACGCGUUUCGCAGACAAACCCGACUGCAGCUGAACAGCGUCGGCUUACAGGUUGACUCUCGUACGCCCGUCGUAACUGACCGGGGACCCGCGACGCUCCCGUACAGAGGACCUGAAUGUCAGGGACGACCCUCCGGCUCCGGCCUCUCGGUUUACCGUUCGGAGGCAGCGGCGCUGCAGGAGCUGACCGGGCCGAGCCCCCCAGCGUGCUACAGCUGACAGGAAGCAGCUGGUGCGCUGCCAGAACCUUCCGGGUGAAACUGGCGCUCCAGAGUUUCUGUCCCGCGGCUGCGAGUCCUCGACAUGAACGGGCCGUUCGGACAGAAAUAGUUCGGGACGGAUACGCGCUCCUCGUACACCCCUAGAUGAUUUAUACAUGAUAUCUGCAUUUCAGGUCAUUUGCAACAUCAAACAGUAACAGAUGUCCAUCUUUAGGUCCCAGAGUCUGAAAUGAUUCUUUAAGUUGAAGAACCCAAAGAAGUAAAACUUACAUGGAGGUGAAACACAAAAAUGAGCAGGAGUUGGAACCAGUUACCAGAUUGUUCUGUCAGGUAACUAAUCUGUUAAAAAGCUAAUUGUUUUCGCACUAGAACGUACCAAAGUCCAGUUGGCAGAUGGAAGAGAGGUGGAAGGGUUUUCUGUUCAUGUUUCUCGACUCUAAUCCAGCCCACAGCUCAACGGGCCUCUGCGCCUGUUCGGUUCAGGAUUGUGUUGCUCACAGUGUGAACGCACGGUAAGACCGGCAGUGAACUCCAGAAGAAAUCAAAACUGGCGCAACCUCACAGGGCUUUUAAAAACAGCACUGCAGGAAAACACUGCAGCUCCCACGCCAGAGGGGGGGGUGCUUCCUAGUCAGAAUCCAAAUUCAGAAAUAUAUUACAACUUGUUCCCCAGGCUGGGGAACGGAUGCAUGCUGUGUGGUGAUUCAGGUCCAAAGUUGUACCUGUGAGAAGACGCCCAUUUCAGUUUCUUUUUGGAAUGAACUGUCUGUCGAAGUUUGCUGUCAGCAUUUGAUGUCCUCUCAUUUCCCAGAAUACUAAAGUCUCCGAAGACGAAACACGCAGUUUUUCAUGUUCUAGCUAGUGAGCACCGUCGGUGGAAAAACGCUGAAUUCUGCUUUCUGAUUCUUUGUCUUGUGAGUUUGAUAGCACACUGAUUCAUACUCUUCUUCCCUUCCCUUCCGUUUCAAAGUGAAUAUUUAAACGUCAGAUUGUGAAAAGGUUGAACAACGAAACACUAGAAGUGGUCAGGGCGAUGGAACCAGCACCGACGUGCUGGACUGGACUGGUGGUUUUUAAGGGCGACUCUGGUUCCUUUCCCUCCGUGGUGCGAUUUCAGCACAGCAGUCGUGCUCGGGUGCAAACCAAAACACCCUUUUAGAGGAAGCGGUCUCGGUCCGCUCACAAAAUAAUUCUGACCUCGAUCUGACUUAAACCACGAGUCGAACUCUGCAGGUUUGAGCUAAACGAAUCCCGCAGCCAGGUGAGCUUUGCAUGCUGGGAUGUGGAUGAGUGAAAUCGUCAGUUGCUAGGAGACCGGAGAACGAAUCAAAGUCUGACCUGGACUAACGAUGAAGUACGUUGCCUUGUUGAUAUUUGGGCAGAUAGGAUUCUUGUGUUUACUUCCUCGCCCCAGACACAUCUAACCAAUGAGAGGAGGGAAUAUUCUCACCUGGCUUUUAGUGAUGCAUUUUGGUACGAAGGGGAAAACGCAAGUUUAACAACUCAGUCUUCUGUCUGGGGGAAAGGGGGCUACGCUUGGACUUAAUCUAUUGCCUUAUGAGUCCUGUGAAGCUGUUUUGCUGCAGUUGUGUUCUGGCUGUUAAGGCCGUUGGGUUCUCCAGGCAAGACCACACCACGUCUGUUUAGAACCAAACGUUUCAAAACUAGCCUAAACCAUUUCAAAAUGUCUAAACCAGUUAAAAGUUGACCUAAAUCAGUUCUUUUUAGAGUGAGCAGUAACUAGUUGGAAGACCAUUUUAAACCAGUUCUGAACCAGCUGAAACCACUUCAGAACUAACCUAAACCAGUACCAAACCAACCACACCAGUCUGCAACCAGUAUAAACCAGUUUCAGACAAGCCCAGAUAUAUUUCAGAACCAGUAUGAAAACCUCCCUAAACCAGUUCAGACCCAAUUCAAACCACUUCACAUCCAACCCAAUUCAUGUCCAAACUAACUAAAUCCAGUUCAGACCCAAACCACCGACCCGAAACGUUAGCGCCAAUUUUCAAACGUUUAGAACCAAACAUUUCAGAUCCACCUUAAACCAGUUCAGAACCAUCCUAACCAGCUGAAACCAGUUCAGAACCAACCCAGACCGGUUCCCACCUGAUUUAGUUUUUUACCUUUACUGUGCAGUCGGUCAGCGACGGUUGAAUAUCAGUUGAAGUUUUUACAGUUAGAGGAUCAUAAGACGCCUCGAAGGAGACGUCGCUUCAUCCGGUAAAAAUCCCAUGGCAGUAAGUGUCGCCUUGCUCUCCGUCCACGGUUAACUGACGACGAGGACGCUGCUGUCUUGUUGUCAUCGAGUGUUUUUCUUUGUUGGAUUUACAAUCAGAGUUCGUCUAAUUCACGCGGACUGCGGAGAAACGAUCUAAAUGUGUCUGCGACCAGCAGAAAUCCUGACACUGUGGAUUGAUGCAGGUUUAAUGCUGCUUCAAACCGGUUCAGAAUCAAACUAAACGCGAAGAUGAAACGGCACUUUGAUACAGAGUCGGGUCACAUUAAGAAAAUCUAAAAAGAUCUUCUGCACCAGGAACUAGACUCGCAAGCGAUCUGGAAAUACCCACAAAAUCCUGGAAACUGGAUUUAGAAGCUGGUGGACGGGAAUGUCAGAACGCCACUUUAAUGAAGUCAGCGCUUGUUUCAGACGCGCCAGCCGCUGUUGGUGAGCGACGUUCGGCCUCAGACGUUUGUCGUGAAGCAGCAUCUUCUUCACGAGGUUCAGCUGGUUCUGUUGCUCUGAGUUUUUCACGCUGAUGUUCAGUUUGUGGAGUUUUGAAAAGUGCCGCUCUGAUCUCUCCAAAUAAACGCAAGCCUUUCUUAAGCACUUAAUAAACCAAGUGAAAUUCUGUUUGUGAA